AUGAAACUACUACUAUUCUUAUCAUUUAUCCAGCAAAUAAAAUCGCACGGGACUCCUUCAUUUUUUGAUAGCUCACAGCAAUCAUAUAAACUUUCGCAAAUUGACCCUAGAAUUAACGCCGAUACAACUAUAGAAAGCCAUAAUAAUAAUUCGACCUAUAGAGGUGAUUACGAUUUCUUCUACUGCACAGCAACUGUUAAGAAUUCUAACUUUACCCAAUGUUUUGCAUUUGGGUCAAACAUCGCUGGGCCAAACGGAGGCGCCAUGUACUUCUUUGGCUCUGCUGUCAAUAUACAGUCAUCGCGUUUUGAACAAAAUGAAGCCGCUGAUGGUGGCGCACUUUGUUUUAUUCAAUCUAACGUUUACCUAGGUGGAAAUACUGCCAAUAAAUUCGAUUCCAAUAAGGCGUAUUCUGCAGGGGGAGCCAUUCUCUUUGAAGGUAACUAUUCCAAAACUAACCCUGAAAAUUAUAUUAAUAAGCUUUAUAUUUUUAAUUACAACUUUACUAACAAUCAAGCUUAUCAAACUGGUGGCGCAUUACAGAUUGAACUCCAAUCAAAUGCUUAUCUGGAAGGAGUUACAAUGGAAUCCAAUAAGGCAGCAGAUAAUGGUGGUGCUAUAUACGCAAAAGAUACAGAUCUAUCAAUUUUUCAAUCUUACAUUCUAAAAAACCAAGCAGGAGAUAAAUUAACAGUAGGAGCUGCAAGUGAAAAUAACAGUGUCAGCAGUAGUUGUAAAAUCCGAAAUUGUUCUGAGAAACAAGUGACUAAAUUUAAUACAUCAAGCCUUAAUUUUAAUGAAACAUAUUCCCUCCAUUUUGCUGGUCGUGGAUGCGCAGGAAUUGCAUUCCUCUCAUCGUUUGACAGAACAGAAUCCAAACCAUUUCAACUUAUUACACAAAAUACUUGCUUCUUAAAAAAUCAUAUGAUUAGUGGAAUUAUAAACACUCUUAAUUCCACUAAUCAUAUGAAUGAAUCGCGUGGAUAUGAUAUUAUGCUUGAAAAUAGCGUUAAGUGGGAUUCACUUGAAGAUUACUUUUCGGAUUCCUCCAAAGCAUGGGUUUAUAUUGGUAAAACUCCUAAAGAAUUUCAUCCAUAUAACAGUAAAAAGCCAAAUUCGGAUGGAGAAUGCCAUACUGAAGGUUCUGAUGGAGAUGGAGAAACUCCUAACUUAUUUGACAUAACACCAGUAAAUCCUGCCACAAGAAAUACUGGUGGUGAUAAAAAAGUAAGUGAUCUUCCAACGCCGACAAAGUAUACUUAUCAAGCCACUCCAAUUACACGUCUUCCCAAGGCCACAACAAAGAGUCAUACACGAACAAUAACUCCAUCUGACCCAAGUAUGUGGUCAAGCUUGGUCUUAACAAUACAUCCCAUACGAACUAGAAGUAUUCCAAGACGAACAGUUCCACCAAAAUUAACUGUGCAGACAUUACGUCCGCCUGUAAAUAUAUCACUUAAUAAAGAUGAUCCGCGAUACACUGUUACAAAGACUAUAACAAAGACUGAUUCAUAUUCAGAAAUUUAUACACUUGUAUAUAACUUAACUGAUUUUGAAUACCCAAACUAUACAACAAAGUAUAGUUCUAUUGUUCAGGUUGAUACAGAAAUAGAAGUAAAUUCUCUAGCUCCUAAUGUUGAAGGAACCCAAUCCAAAGUAGUAACUACGUCAUAUGUUAAUGUUUCCACUACCUUAAUUGUACCUUCACUAUCAGAAACAGAUACAAUGACAAAUACAACCACGACAGAGAAAGAAUCUACAACUCACACAAUGAAAUCAACUAAGACAUUAACAGAAACAUUGGUUAAAAUUAAUACAUUUACUUUGUCAUCUACUUUGGUUGAAACAUUAAUCAUCGUUCCAGUUGAAGACCAAACUCGCAAAGAUAACAAGAGUCCAACAACGAUCAUCAUUUGGUCAGUUAUUGGUUGCAUUGCAGUUUUCUGUUUGGCUGUUAUUGCUCUGUUUUUGUACCGAAAGACUCACUCAGAGUCAUCAACAUCAGGAUCAGAGUCACUUGAUGAUGACGAUGUUUUCGGAGAUGAAACAAAGUUUUCCAGCCAAAUCAUUGAAUUCACGCAGGAAGACGAUUCAAAUAUGCUUUCAACAUUCAACGGCGAACCAGAAAUCCAAGAAGCUCCAGAUGAAGAUGAAGUCUUCCUUAACGGCGAAUUCUAA